CGCACCGGUCACUUUGGGAGCCACAAGCCUUGGGAACCCAGGAAGCAGCCAGUCCCUAGGAUGGACUCAUUCAGCCAACAACUGGAGGACUUCUACCCUUCUGGCUUCUCCCCCAGCCCAUUGGGCUUCAAUGAGACAGAGGUCCAGCCAUUUGCCAUGAAGGACUUCCAGCAACCGCCCAAUAGGAGAGAAGUGACUAAGAGCCCAGCAAGGAGUGAGCAGAGCCCGGUACAGAACAUCAGAACCAAAGACACAAUGGGCUCCAAAGAGACCGACCCAAGAAACCCGGUGCCCGAUGCCUCUUUGCUCCCAGCAUCUCAGCGCAGGAAAAGAACCUUCUUCACCCAGGCCCAGUUGGAUAUCCUAGAGCAGUUCUUCCAAACCAACAUGUACCCAGACAUCCACCACCGGGAGGAGCUAGCGAGGCAUAUCUACAUCCCUGAGUCCCGCAUUCAGGUCUGGUUCCAGAACAGAAGAGCCAAGGUCAGACGUCAAGGUGCAAAGGCCACCAAGCCCGUUCUUGCCGGCCAUCAUUAUUCCAGCACCUUCGGGGCUACCAGAUCGAUGUUUCCUUCAGCCCCUGCCCCCAACAGCUCCUCACACCCAAUGGCAACAGCCCGGGCACAGGCUCAGCCUAUGAAAGAUUCCCAAGCGAAUAAGUUCCACCAAAGCCAGGGGUUCCUUCCCUACCCAGACUCAUCUUGUGAUGUCUCUCGGCAGAGGUUCCUCUUGUCCCAGGCAACACCCGGUACCUACCAUCUGCCCCAGACAUCAUCCAACAUCUACAAUCAGAAUGGGAAACCCCAUAACCCUCUGUGGAACCAGCAGCCGCUAUAUACAGAUAUGAUGGAGAAGGUCUUGGACCUGAGCAGAAGACCUGAGCAGAUGCCAGUCCAGCCAAUGUACAGCACCCAGACCCACAAGAACACCAAAUCAGUGGUCCACGGUUCUACCACUUUAAGCCACCACAGUCACAUGAGCCUGUUUGCCAACCAAGAUCCAUGUAACAUGCCAACAACACAGGGCGGAACCUACGGACACGUCUCUCCUAUCUCCGAUUCCGGGGUCAGCGACACCUCCCCAGAACCAACUUCCGACUGGGAAGAGAACGUCUGUGUGCUCCUCCACCUUUGAGGCAGUUACUGUAUCUGAGUUUGGCAAUGUUCUGCCAUAGACAUAUUGGAUUUGGACUCUGGGGUGGGAAUGUAUAAGAAGAGUUUUGAUUGGCUAAGACACUUACAGACAUUGCAAUAUUUCUUCCAGAUCUUCUUUUCUUCUUGUUAUGGACUCAGAUGGAUAAAAAUGUUGACAGUUAGUCUAUAGAUAUUCUAGGGGUAUCUAGCACAUUACCCCAAAUCUAACCAUUGGGCUGCUAUCUUCUGACAAUAGGGGGCAGCACCACAGUUUGGGGGACAGAGAACAUGGGCAAUGGGAUAGAGGAAUUAAUAUGUAUAUUUAUUUUUGCCUUUUUUAUUAGAAGAUAUUUAUUUUUUUACUCCUGUUAUAGUUCCUUCUAUGUAAAUAAACUGUAUCUGCCCAUACACUAUAUAUCUAUGUAUCCGUGGGGCAAUAAAAACAAUGGGAUUGUUCUGA